GAUAAAAAAAAAAACAAAAAACUGUGGCAUUCAGUCACUCUGUCUCCUGGCAACAUCUCUAGAUUUUCCAGGAUCCAUCAUUUUCUCUCUCAGCCCCUUUUUGUCCUUAGCUUUUAUUAGUACAUGUUUGUGGUAUGUAACAAUUAUAUUUGUCAUGGAGGGUUGUACAUAAGGGUAACACGUAACAUGCACAUGUACGUAACACAGCUUCAUUCUUUCUAUUUUUCCCUCUUCUCGGUCCCCCCACACUGAUUUCUUGCACUCACCCAUCUAUGUAUCCAGGCACUGGUUCCUCUUGCUCUACUUGUAGCUAUUCAGCUGCACAGAUGUGCGCUGCCUGGGCUGCUCAGUCACUCACGCAGGUCAUGCGGAUGCCUUAGUUACAUUCUUUGCUUGGCUGCCGUCCCUGCCACCCACACAUAGUAUAGGAGGAAGGAUUUAUUAGACCUCACAGGGUUCUAGAGGCUUCAGUUCUUGGUUGGCUGGUUCCAAGGCAGGACAGCAUGGCAGAGGGCAUCACAGGCAGAAAGUGACAGCCAGCAAGGCGCAACGGACAUACAUAAUACAUACCUUCCAGGCCACGGCCAGUACCUGUCUCUUUCCACCUGGCUUCACCCAACAUUACACCCACCUAAAAGCCCAUCAGUGCAGUAAUGCAGUGUCUCACACUCCUGACCCUGUCACCUCCCUAGAGUGGCACCUGUGAGCUCACGAGACUUUCCUGGUAAUGUAGCUAUAGAGCAGAACAGUUUCAGUAAUUCUGUGGAACCGCACAGCGCACAGACACCCCACUCUAAAUUCAGCCCUCAGAGUCCUGCAUUGACUCUUGGACCCAGCAGAGGGCGCACAAGCUUCUCACCAAGAGCCCAGUGUGCUGCUCAGACUUUCAGGCUUUGCCAAGGGUGAGGACCAGAGCUCCCUUUCCAGGACCCGUCCUACUUUGCAACCCCUGGGGGUGGCCAGGAGGGAAAGACCCAGAGAAGCUUCCUCUUCUGUUAAUGUUGGGGAGAAAGUCUGCUGCACGUUUUACUUUCUCAAAUAUUUUGGCAGUGAACAUUCCCUUUGUUGUAGUGUUGGGUAUGCAUCAUUAUAGUAUGCCAUAGUAUUUCCUGUACAGACCGGGGUUUAUUUUCUUGGGGAAAUUCUUGUACUGACAGGACAAACAUGGAGCUCUGGGAUGACCCCAGGGAACACUGGAGGGCCACGUGGGAGUUUCCCUGGAGCUGAGGAGAAAAGGCAGCAUGCACUUUAAAUUCUUGUUCUCAGCUGUAUCUGAAUGGCUCAUUUUCGUAGUGUUUAAAUAGUUGAAGUAAUGUUUAAAAAACGAAAAUCUCACCUUGAACUUGAGAUCCUUUCUCAGUCUUGAGUCAUGCCCACUUUGGGAAGUGUAUUUGUUAUGUUUAAAACUUGUUUUACAACCAUUGACAUCCUAAAUUAGAUAAAAUAACGUUCACUGUAUCAACUUCUAAUUUUGUAUCAUACAGUUAGUGAAAAGAUGGUAUCCCCUUUAGCGUAGGCUUUGAUUGUUUUUCUCUCUCUCUCUUUUUUUUUUUUUUUGGUACUGGGGAUCGAACUCAAGACCUUGCGCUCAGACGUUUAUGGGGCUAAGUAAAUCCUAGGCCCUUAGGCUUUGAUUUUUUUUUGUAUGUUUUUUCCCAGGGACUGAACUUCAUGACCUCAAGACUCUUGACAGGCAGACACUUACACCACUGAGCUAAAUCCCUGGCCCUUUUCUUAUUUUUAAAAAAGUCUUAUUGAAACAAGGUUUCACUGUACAGUUCAGACUGGCCUUGAACUCACUUUGUAGUCCAGUUUGGCCUUGAACUCAAUGCAGUCCUCUUGCCUCAGCCUCCUGAGUGCAGGGAUCACAGCCAAGUGCCACCAUGCCCAGUUUGAUCAUUUUUAAAAAUUACAAUUUUUUAAAUUUUGUUUUGUUUUGUUUCUUGAGAUAGGGCCUCACUGUGUAGUUCAGGCUGGCCUUGAACUCACUGUGUAACCCAGGCUGGCCAUGACCUCAUGGUAAUCAUCCUGCUUCAGUCUUCUGAGUGCUAGUAUUACAGGCAAUGUGCCACACCUGGUUUAAAAAUUAGAAUUUGAGGGCUGGGGAUUUAGCUCAGCGGCAUAAGCGCCUGCCUUGCAAGCAGGCAGUCGUGAGUUCAAUCCCCGGUACCGAUAAAAAGGAAAAAGACUGGAAAAAAAAAAAUGGGGCUGGAGGUUUAGCUCAGCGGCAUAAGCGCCUGCCUUGAAAGUAGGCAGUCAUGAGUUCAAUCCCUGGCUCCGAUAAAAAGGAAAAAGACAAAAAAAAAAAAAAAAAAAUUAGAAUUUGGGCCAGGGAUAUACCUUAGUGGCACAGCACCUGUCUGGCAAGCACAAGAUCAUGAGUUUGAUUCUUGGUACCAAAAAAAGUUAGAAUUUGUUAAAGGUCAGUUAUCAUUGAGCUGUGAACCUAUGUAUUCUUGGGUUUGUUCUAUAAAGAGACAUUUAAGCCUCAGUCCAACUUUUUGUUAUUUUUCUUCCUCUUUUUUUUCUCUCUAGUAAUGGGCCUUGAAGCCUGGCUGCUCUCUCUCUCUGAGCUACACCCACAGCCCUUUCUUUUAUUUUCAGCCGUGUUCUCUGUGUCCCAGGCUGGCCCUGAACUUGUGCUCUGCUGGCUUCGGGCUCCCAAGCAGGUGGGAGAGCAGACCAGCACCUCAGUCUCUGCUUUCAUUCCAAACUCUGCUGUGCUCGCUGGUCUAUCUGCAUUUUCCUCAUUUCAGGGUCUCAUUUGUUAAUGUGGGUUUUUGCUACAAAAUCACAUAUUAUCUCUAGGUUUCUCUAGUAUGAUGUAAUAGGGUUCUCUUACUUGGCACCAAGUUUUCUUACAUACCUCUUUUUGGUUUUAUACAGAAUUUGAAUCCUCUGCAUUUUGCUGUUUUUCAUUAAGAAAAUUUUUAAAAUAUGUUCCCUAGUUUAUCAUGCUUUGAGAGAAUUGUCUUGUUUGGUAAUUACUUAUGACCCAUUGACAAUCUUAAAUGAUUGAAAAUUAAUUUCUGCUAUGCAAAUUCAUACAAGACAGAGAUUGUACCUUAUUCCAGAAAGAAUGGCCAUCAUCAAGAACUCAAAUAGUAACAAAUUCUGGUGAUGCUUCAGGGGAAAAGGAAUCUACGUCAUUGGUGGCAAUCAACAUUAGUUUAAGUUCUAUGAAAAUCAGUAUGGAGAUUCCUAAAAAAAAAAAACCCUAAAAUAGAAAUUCUGUUCUACUCAAUUCCUUUCUAGGCACCUUCCCAAAAGUGGUAUAGCCAUCAUAUUGCAGUGAUCUUUGCCCACCCCUGUUUAUAGCUGCUCAACUCAUAACUGCUAACUAAAUCUUGGAAGUGGCCUAUAUAUCCAUCAGUGGAUGGAUAAGAAAAAUAUUUAUAUUCAGUGGAGUACUAUGAUGAGAGUGGGUCUUGGUACAGGGAUUAUAGAGUGCACCUAUUAUGACAUAUCUAGAUGCCCCUCUCACCUCCAGUUUACACAUACACAUAGGUGGAGCUUUUGGGAGGUGACUGGAUCAUAGCUGAGAUAUGGGAUUAGUGCACUAACGGGUGUGAUGUUAGGAGGUGAAGCCUGGUGGGUCAUUGUGUGUGUGGCCUGGAAGGAUCUAUGUAUAUUCUUCCUCUUUUGAUGGCUGUUGCUUCCUGCCUAUUUUGCCAUGAACUAUUUCUUUUCUGCCAUUCCAAUCUGCUUUGGAGCCAGCGAACCAUGACCUAAAACCUCUACAAAGUGUGAGCUAAAAUAACCACUCCUCCUUUAACUUAUGCGUACUGGGUAUUUUUGUCCCAACAAUAAGAAAGUAACUAAGACGGCACCUCUCUAAGGUUUUAUUCCAGUACCUAGAGGACAGGAAUAUUUCCAGCGGAUUAUUACAGCCACUCAAAUGUCCACAAGUAAAUGAAUGACAACGAAUAUUUUCUUUUUCUCUCUUACUGGGCAUUUAACCCAGGGCCUGAUUCAUGUUGGCAAAGGAUUGAGAACUGAGAUCCAUCAGAUCUUUUUAUCUUUUAAUUUUUCUUAUUAUUUUAGGGGAUCGGCAGUGGACCCCAAGACCUUAGCACUGAGCUUCUUACACAGCCCUUUUUAUUUUUAAUUUUCAGAUAGAGUCUCACUAAUUUGAUUAGGUUGGCUUUAAUUUGUGGUCCUGCUCAGCACCCCAAAAUUAGCCGUGAUUACAGGUGAGCACUACUAUCCAUCUAGAGCAAAUGCCUCUUAAAUGGAUUUGAAGAGAGCAUAUGGACUUCUUGUUAACAAACAUAAAAUUGAUAGGACUUUUCACAUACUAGAAAGUAGCUGUGCACAACGGAGUUGGAUUUCAUAAUUACAAUACUUUUAAAUGUGCUGGCGCACAUCUGCAAUCCAAGCCAUUGAAGUGGAUGUGGGAGGAGCAUCACAAGUUUGAGACCAUCCUGGGCAAUUUAGCGAGACAUUGUCAUCAAUAAGGAAAGACAGAAAAACAAUAAUAAUGCUUUGGCGAUAUGGCUUAGUGUGGUCAAGAUGGGAAGACCGGGGCCUUCUCUGGCCUGUAGCUCAGCGACACAAGCACAUGCCUGGCAAGCAUCAGGUGGUGAGUUUAAUCCCCGAUACAAAAAAAAAAAAAAGUAAAAGAUGGGAAGACCUUUGCUUACAAAUACAAACAGCAUUCCGUCGCAAGAGAGACUAACUAUAACCAACCACAACUUUUGUUAUUGGGGGUCCGCGCGGGGGUUUGUGGGAAAUGUAGUCUAAAAACUCACCACGCCACAAGAACCGGAAACAGCUUUUAGUACUUUUCGUGCACCGAUUUAGUUCCAGCAACAAUCUUACCGGAAGUUCCGGGUAUCGCCCCGCCCUACAGCUGCUUUAUUGGCCGAGGGGCUGCGUUCUGAGUGUCUGAAGGGUUGUGGGAGGGAGAGACGUCAAUUUAAAUCCUGAGGAGCCAGACGAGUAUCCUGUCUUUGGUGGCAGCGGGAACGCGGGAGGUUGUGGGCGCCAGGACCUGCCGUGCACAGCUGAGGACCGACCCGAGCGAGUCUGGGCAGUGACGUGAGCGCGGGGUCCGCGAGUCCCGUGUUGGCGAGGGCGACCCAGCUCCGCUUUUCUCCCUGCUUAGGGGCGGCUCGGCCCUGCGUGCGCCGGGUGCGCAGAGCGUGUCCUCAGGAGCUGCGAGGGAGACGGCCGAGUGGCGAGGUCCACACAGGCGGCGUCUGCCGACCAUCCGAGUUUGGCAGCGUGCGCCAAGAGUGCGGCAGAGUUCGCCUGGCAGUUCUGGCCCUCAGCACGCUGCUUCUCCCAGUAAGCUCGCUGUGUCGUUGGUUUACUCCUGUGUGAGACGAGAUGAGCGGUCCGCGACUCAAGUUCGCAAACCUCGAACUUGAACGGAUCAAACACCUAGUGGAUUAGUAAAGCACAGUCGUGGGUGUGUCUGUGCUUGACGCGUGGGCCAGCACGCUGAGGAUCAGGGACACGCCCGGAUGUGGGUGGCCCCAGCCAAUAGGCUUGCGGCCUGGAUGGAGGGGCGUGUGCCUGGUUUGCUGAGCUGCAAGGUUCCGCGGGUGUUGGUGUCCUUUGAUGAUGUUUUUGUGAGCUUCACACGGGAGGAGUGGCAGGUCCUGGAUGAUGCUCAGAGGACCUUGUAUAGGGACGUGAUGCUGGAGACCUAUGACAGCCUGGUCCUGCUGGGACAUUGCAUCACCAAACCUGAAGUGAUGUUUAAACUGGAGCAAGAAGCAGAGCCAUGGAUGGGAGAAGAACCCCCAAGUCAGAGGCCUACAGAUGUCCAGAAAGUGGAUGGCGUGAUGGAAGGCAGCCACGAGUGUCAAGGCAGACCUCUGUGGCAAGUUGUUACUGCCAACAACAGAGCAGCUGAGGAGAGAGUCAAAUUAGGACUUGAGCUCAAAGUUCUUGAGUUGAAUUUUGAUCUGAGCUCAAACCCUAUUUCAGAUUUGAGAAUAAACCCUGGGAACUGUUCAGCAGGGGAGAAUCUCCCUAAUGAGCCUGGCAAGAUGGGCGCUGGAGAGAAACCAAAUCAGUGUCAUACAACUGGGAAACCCCUGAGGCGUGCUGUGCAUUUUGGUCAGCAUUCCAAGCUUCCCCCUGGGCAGCCGGAUUUUCAGUAUACUGGACAAUGGAAAGCCUUCACCAAGGAGGCGAAAUUACCGAAGGAGUGUAUUACACAUAGCAGGGUUCCUAUGGGCCAGGCCUGCUGGGAACAUGACGAAUCUGGGAAAACCUGUGGGAAGUCAGCUCUGGUUGCUACGGUAGGAUGGAAAACUCUUUAUCCCAACUGUGAUCUCACUGCACGUCAGAUGCACACAGGGGAGAAAUCCUGCGUAUGUGGUGAAUGUGAGAAAACCUUCCUUAUCCAGCAGAAGAAAUAUUCAGAGAAGGAGCCCUAUGCAUACGAGCAGUGUGAGAAAUGGUCCCACUGUGAGUCAGCCAUGACUGUGCAGCAGAGUUUCCCUGUUGAGAAGCCCUAUGAAUGUGAUGAAUGUGGGGAAGCCUUUCCCAUUAAGUCAGGCCUCGUGAGGCACCAGGGCAUUCAUAGUUGGGGGAAACUGUAUGAAUGUAAAGAAUGUGGGAAAACUCUGUGCCGUAAGUCAUGUCUCACCAUUCAUCAGAAAAUUCACAGUGGGGAGAAGCCCUAUCAAUGCACUAAAUGUUCAGUAGCCUUUUGCAAAAAGUCACAACUCCAGAGGCACUGGGCAAGAAUUCACAUGGAAGAAAAACCCAAAGGAUGUAAUGAGUGUAAUGAAUGUGGAAAAUAUUUUCACAGGAAGUCACAUCUCAUUAAACAUCAGCGUACACACACAGGUGAGAAGCCCUAUGGAUGUGGUCAGUGUGGAAAAUCUUUUAGCCAGAAGAUACACCUUACUAAGCAUCAGCGUACACACACAGGUGAGAAGCCCUAUAAAUGUGGUCACUGUGGCAAAUCUUUUGGCCAGAAGAUACACCUCACUAAACAUGAGACAGUCCACACUAGGGAAAAGCCCUACAUAUGUAAUCAGUGUGGGAAAUCCUUUGGUCAGAAGACUUACCUCACUAAGCAUCAGAUGACACACACUGGGGAGAAGCCCUAUGGUUGUGAUCAGUGUGGAAAAUCCUUUGGUCAGAAGACUUAUCUCACUAACCAUCAGAUGACACAUACCAUGGAGAAACCAUAUAAAUGUCAUGACUGUGAGAAAUCCUUUGCCUAUAAGUCAUACCUUGCUAAACAUCAGAUGACACACACUGGGGAGAAACCCUAUGGAUGUAACCAGUGUGGAAAAACUUUUCGACAGACUUCGCACCUCAGCAAGCAUGAGAGAACUCAACAUGGGAGAGAAGCUUCUAUGAAGGUAGAAACUUGCUCAAAGCACACCUCAGCAAGUAUUGGUGAAUUCACAUAGUAGAAAAGUUUUGUAUGGCAGAUACUAGUUAUGUACCCUCCAAAAACCAUUUCCUUUUCUCUGGGGCCCAGCCUGCAUUUCCUCACCUUGUCUUACUGUGGCCUGAGUUCUGCCUGGGGAAUGCAGACACAUGGUGGGCAUUAAUACAAGCCUGGCAACAUAAAAGUAACGACCAUGCUGUCCUCUCAGAUUUCUCAUGUUUUAUGAGAUUAAAGUGCUACUGACCUCAGGAUGGUCUUUAAGUACAGGUGGGAGAGUCACUGUAAUUUAAGACAUAUGAGAAGAGAGCUUUCCAUCUCUGUUUCAGUACUUGUGUUUGUUACACGAGUGAGAAAUAAAUGUCUACUCUUCUGCUAUUUUAUGUGUGAUCUGUUUGCAUUAUAACACUAGUGGCCCACUGUUAGGAUUCACUUCAGGAUCUCUCUGAAGGAAGUUAGCGGCCUUUGUGUAUCACAGAUUUAUACAGAAGAGAAGCCUGUGUUGUCACUUCAUCUCUAAGUCAGUUUUUCUUAGAAGCAAUCAGGAAAGAAAGGGUGAAACAAAUUUGAGGUUUCACGUCUGACAGUGAUAUUUCAUGGAACACUGAGAAUAAUGUCAAUCUGUUACCUUUACUGAGUCAGCGCUUGAAGUGAAGUUUUUCCCUUAUUUAUGUGUCAGAUGUAUUCUCAGUACAAUAGUAACAAUGCUGGAGGUAGUAUUCAAAAUACAAAAUAUUUGAGUACCAGUAAUGAAAAGUGGUGCUAUUCCCUGCAUUGGACUAUGUGCAGUCAUGUUUUGGUUACUGCUGCCUGGUUGUUAGAGGCCUGUGGUAUAGCUACACAGACUGCAGAAAACAGCACAGACCCUGAAAUGUGCAGGGUUUCCUCAGAGUAUUUUUAUGUUAGAAAUGCUUGUUCAUGAGGCCCAGAAUAACUAGGUGAAGGUGAUAAAUGCAGCUGGUAUAGUAAACAUUGUGGCUUAAGAUUAGUGCAUUAAUCCAUUUUCUGUUGCUAUGACAAAACCCUUGAGUCCUGGUACUUUAUAAGUCAAGGUGGCUGCAGUACUUCAGCCUCUAUGUUGUCUUGCUUGGCUGGUUCACAUCAUGCUGCAGAUAUGGAAAGGAAGCUCGCCGUGGGCAGAAGAGGCCACGUGUGCUGAGAGGCCCUGCUUUAUAAUAACCAUUCCUACAACAACUCUACCCAAGCAUUUGUUCCUUUCUGUGGCACUGCUAGUAGUGACUCUGUCCCUCCUACUCAGCUCUACUAUGUUCUUUUCUAGUACUGGGGAUUGAACCUAGGAGCUCGUAUUUCCAGCCAGUGUGUGGGCAUGCAUGCAUGUGCCUGUGAGGUCCUGGGGUUGCAACCAGGGCCUUCAUACUGAGCUACAUUCUCAGUUUUUAAAAAAUAUUUUGAGGUAUGAUUUCACUCACUUGCAAUUUACUGCUGAAACUGGGCUUGAGUUGUAGAAAUAGCCCAGUGAGGCCUCACCUUUUAAAGGUUCACUCAAACCAUAUUCAAGGCAUAGAAAUUAAGAAUUUUUGAGCUGGGGAUAUAGCUCAGUGGCAUAGCACCUGCCUGGCAAGCACAAGGUAGUGAGUUCAAAUUUCCGGCACCAAAAAAAAUUUUUCACAUUACAUGCCAGACCAGCCUCUGUGUCUUGUUCUGUGCCUUACUACAUUCAUGUGCUUACUUCUAGUGUAUGUGGAUUUGUACUAUGAUUAUUACCAAACUCUAAUGUACAUAUUUUCCCAAAGUCUGCAGCAGUGCCAGAGAGUGGUUCUAAAACAUUUUCAUAGAAAAGCACACAUGAGAUACGUAAUGUUUAAUGGUUUAAGUCUAGAUUAACUUCAACAUCUCCGAUCGGUGGUUCUUGUUUCAUCCCACUCAGUAAAAUGGAAUCUGCAAGCAGAAUUUGCCCUCCCUUUUUCAGUCCUCAUGUUUACACAGACACUGAAAUGGGCAUGUGUGCCGAAUACUGUGUAAUUGAGCAGUCUUCAUGUUCAGUGCCAGGAUGCUGGUCAUGCCCUCCAGCAGGAGCCACUUUAUUUUUUGCAGGACCGCGCGGAGAAUUGUGGGAAAUACAGUCUAACAGCUUACAUCAUACUUACAUCACAGAACAAGAAGUGGUCCAGGAAAAUAACGGCCAUCUUUACCGGAAGUUCCGGGCAUCGCCCCGCCCUACAGUUACUUUAUAGGCUGAGGAGUUUUCUUCCGAGUCACUGAAGGUUAGUGGGAGGGAGAGACGCCAAUUUAAACCCUGAGGGGCCGGACGAAUAGCCUGUCCUUGGUGGCAGCGGGAACACGGGAGGGUGUGGGCGGCAGGACCUGCGGUGCACAGCUGAGGACCGACCCGAGUGGGUCUGGGCAGCGAAGUGAGCGCGGGGUCCGCGAGUCCCAUGCGGGCGAGGGCGACCCGGCCUGGCUUUCCUCACUGCUUAAUCAGGGCGGCUCGGCCCUGCGUGCGCCGGGUGCGCAGAGCGUGUCCUCAGGAGCUGCGAGGGAGACGGGCGAGUGGCGAGGUCCACACAGGCGGCGUCUGUAGACCACGCGAGUUGGCCAGCGUGCGCCGAGUUCGCGUGGCAGGUCUGGCCCUCAGCACGCUGCUUCUCCCAGCAAGCUCGCUGUGUCGUCGGUCUACUCCUGUGUGAGACGAGAUGAGCGGUCCGCGACUCAAGUUCGCAAACCACAAACCUGAACGGAUCAAACAACUAGAGGAUUAGUAAAGCACAGUCGUGGAUGUGUCCGUGCUUGACGCGAGGGCCAGCACGCUGAGGGUCAGGGACACGCCCGGAUGUGGGUGGCCCCAGCCAAUAGGCUUGCGGCUUGGAUGGAGGGGUGUGUGCCUGGUUUGCAGAGCUGCAACGUCCUGCGGGCCAAUCAUUUGCUGCUAUCAUCCAGUAUCCUCUCCCCGGUCUCCGGUUUCUUGAGUUUUCCUGCACAGACUCGCUGUCGUGCAGGUCUCCAGCGAACUUCCAGCCCUUCACCUUGGGUUGGUGCUGCAUCCUUGAGCUCUGUCGUUCUGUGGAUUCCUCUUCUUGGACUGAGUAGCUGCAGGGUCCCCUGACGCUCCAUCGCCUAGGCGGCCAUUAUGAGCUCCCCUGCUCCUGACGCUGUCAGCACCUAGUAAAUCCCCUUAAACAUA